GGGACCAAUGGGUUGGCUCAUUCCCAGUGAGAUAUGUGCUCUAGAAGUUCGAUCAGCAGGACAAGCUCCUAGUGUUUCUGUCAACAUGGUCUGCACUUUCUUCCCUUCUCAAACUUUCCUCGCCUUGCUUUGUCAUUUGAAGUUUGGUUUCUUCUUUUUCUUUGGUGCCUUUGUAAUCUUCAUGACUUACUUCAUAAUUCUCUUUUUACCUGAGACAAAGACUAUCCCAAUUGAAGGUAUAACUAUUAUCAGGAAGGAUCAUUGGUGCUGGGGGAAGUAUAGUGCCGAUGAUACUCUUGAUCAUUGUGAAGGUAACAAUCGCAGACCCUAUUUCUCCUUAAGUAACCAAGCUUUUCAAACUGGUAGUACAAGACAUCCACGGCCAACAGGGCGUCCUAUGGCAAAUCAAAACUAAAUGGACAGGAUCAACC